AUGCCUCGUCUCGUGCGUCGACGCCCGCUCAUGGAGCGCAUCCAAGCCUACUUGAACCCGUGGGACUUUUUACUUUGGGUUUCCGAGGAAAUCGAUGGACAUGACUGGGAUCAGAUGGAGAAAAACUGGGGAUUUCCCAUUGGUGUUGGGCUCAAUCUGAUUUUCCUUAUUGCACGCGCCAAUAGUCGACUGGGUGGCGGGAAAGCUUUCGACGAUGUAUUUGGUGAAGAUGAAGGCGUGCCUUGGCUCAGCUGGCUGGCAACCACCAUCAGCACCAUCCUGGGACUUUUAUCGCUCGCAAAUGCAGUCUACACAUUCGCUCGCGUGAAGCGUUAUCGCAUGUUCGAAACGCCUAUCGAUCAAGUCCCUGCGACCCCCUCUGCGCACCGUGUGCGAGUAGAAUCAAGCCCGAUGGCCGCGUCUCCCCUCCGAUACCUCGCGAACGCCUUAGCCGGAGAGUCGGCCCAAUCCCGUGCCCACCCAGAUGCCGAACGUGAUGUAUGGGAGAUUGCCCUCUGGGAUCCCAAACCGAUCAGUAUCCGCCUAUUGUGCUUGUUUAGCCCAGGGCAUGUGUUGAUCUAUUUACUCUUCCUGCCAACGCAGCUGUCCGACCCUCGCCCGAGUGUCACAAUCGUCACAACGAUCGCCCUCACAUUUCUUCUAUCUGUACAAAUGGCCUUCAUGUCCACUUCAUAUACACAGCAGGCAAAAGACUCGAUGUUGGUGCACAAGGAAGUGAUGAAGGAAUAUGACACCAAGUUCGUUCACCCUCGGACUAGACCGUUGAUGAGAGAUGUGGGCACACAAUUUUCGGAGCCAGUUCCUGCCCAGGCGGGCUCAGACGCCGAGAACAAAGUUGAAGUCCAUACUCCAACGUUUAUUAUCAAUCGAGGGUUCAAGACUAGCCCUAACCCAAACUACGUCAGUCAUGUCGAUCCAGAAGGAUUGACUCCAAGACGCCCCACUGCUACUCCUGGCACAUCGAUUUUCCAGAGCCAGCCGUCCCUCCGCACCCCCAUAGUGUCAGGUGAUGGUUCACCAUUGGUGCGUACUGCUGGAAAUUCUAUGCGGCAACCGCAAUUUCGGCCAACAUCGACCAGCACAGGCGAUGGAGGUAGUCUUGGGGUCUAUUCACAUGCGAAUUCCCCAUUGAGGAAGUCAGCAUCAACUGCAUUUGAGCGCCGAGUUCACAAUAGUGGAGAUUUUGUCUAUACUCCAAGAGGAACAAGUCCCGUAAAGAAGCAAUCCAGCCCUCUUAAGAGGAGCAGUCUUGCGGCACCCAUGAGUCCAGCAGCAGGAGUUGGAGCCCAUAGACCUGGCAGCCUUAACCCUCGUCGCGAAACGGGAAGAUUUUAG